AAAAUGUGAUUUUCUAAAUUUUUAUUAUGAUUGACAUAAAUUUAAAAGGUUUUCCAUAUAAUAUAUUAUCAAUAAUUUCACCCCUCUGUCUGCACAUAUAAAUACUUCUCUAUCCCUCCACAUAUAAAUCCUCCUCUAUCCCAAACACACAAACUCUGCAGGUGUGCAGCUAUGGAUGAUGCUGUAGUUCUGUUCCCAUCACCGCCUAUAGGCCACUUGAUAUCUAUGGUGGAGCUUGGAAAGCUUAUCCUCACCUUCCAACCUUCCCUUUCCAUUCACAUACUCAUUAUCUCUGCCCCUUACAGUGCUGGCUCCACUGCCUCCUACAUUGCUGAUGUCGCUACCACCAUUCCCUCAAUCUGCUUCCACCAUCUCCCCACUAUCACCCUCCCUUCCACCACCACCACCAGCAGCAGACACCAUGAAACUCUCACUUUUGAGGUACUCCGUCUCAGCAAUCCUAAUGUCCACCAAGCUCUUCUUUCCAUCUCCAAAACCCACAAAAUUAAAGCCUUCAUUGUGGACUUCUUCUGUUAUGCUUCUCUUUCUGUUGCCUUCCAACUUAACAUCCCUGGCUAUUUCUUCUUAACUUCUGGUGCUGGGUUUCUUGCUAUUUUCAUGCAUCUUCUGACCCUUCAUCAAAACACUACAAAAAGUUUCAAAGAUCUGAAUGCCUUUCUUCAUGUGCCGGGUGUGCCACCAAUAUUUUCCUCCGACAUGAUUUUGCCAGUACUUGAUCGCAACGACAAAGCCUAUGAAUACUUUCUAGACGUGGCUUCCUCCCUUUCAAAAUCAGCAGGAAUUAUAGUGAACACCUUUGAAUUGCUGGAGGCAAGAGCUCUCAAGGCAAUAUCAGAUGGACUCUGCAUACCCAAUAGUACCACACCACCUGUUUAUUGCAUCGGCCCAUUAAUUAUGACAAAAAAUCAAACAGAUGGUGUGACAGAGUGUUUAACCUGGCUUGAUUCGCAGCCGAGUCAAAGUGUUAUCUUUCUGUGUUUUGGAAGCUUGGGGCUGUUCUCAAAGGAACAGUUAAGAGAAAUAGCUAUUGGGUUGGAGAGAAGUGGCCAAAGAUUCUUGUGGGUAGUGCGUAAUCCACCUUCUAAUAGUCAAAGGUUAGCCAUCUCAGCUCAGCCAGACCCAGAUUUGAACUCAUUGCUUCCUGAUGGUUUCUUGGAUCGUACCAAGGAAAGGGGACUUGUGGUGAAGUUAUGGGCUCCCCAGGUAGCAGUAUUGAAUCAUAACUCGGUUGGUGGGUUUGUGACUCACUGUGGGUGGAACUCGGUGCUUGAAGCCGUGUGUGCUGGAGUUCCAAUGGUGGCGUGGCCACUGUACGCAGAGCAAAGGAUCAACAGGGUAUUGUUGGUGGAAGAAAUGAAAAUUGCUUUGCCGAUGAAAGAGUCAGAGAACGGGUUUGUAACUGCGUUGGAGGUGGAGAAGCGAGUUAUUGAGCUGAUGGAGUCGGAAUCGGGUAAAUCGGUUAGGAAGCGAACAAUUGCUAUGAAAAACGCAGCGAAGGAGGCACUGAGUGAGGGUGGUUCCUCCUUUGUUGGAUUGUCCAGACUGGCCGAGUCAUGGAAUCGUCAAUGAGUUGAAUCCGGCCAGUUUCUCUAUUCACUUGAGUAAUAGUUUAUGAGUUGAAUAAGUCAGGCUUUCUGUAACGUGUUGAAUCGUUAAUAAUUGCUAGUUGUUUCGUGCUGUAA